AUGGAACAUAGCCAGGAGCAGGGGGAAACGCCACAACCGGUGGUGGCGCUGGCGAGGAUGCUGGAGGGGAUGGCGGCGAUGCAGGAGAGGCAGGCGGCGAUGCACGCCGAACAGCUGGAGGCUCUGCGGGCGCAAACUUCCCUCCAGACCCAGGCUCUACUGCAACUGGCGGCUGCGGGAGAAACCAGCUCCCGAGAGAGACAGACCGGACCCCCCGUAGCUCUCCAUCUACCAAAGAUGACCCCGGAUGACGAUGCGGAGGCGUUCCUUGAGGGGUUUGAGGUGGCCGCAAGGGCAAGUAAAUGGCCGGAGGAGGAGUGGGUCGUCCGCCUCCUGCCCCUCUUGACUGGGGAAGCACAACGAGCGGCACACAGCUUACCCCCCACAGCGCGGACGGUCUACGGUAACCUAAAGAAGGCGGUCCUGGACCGCCUGGGAUACAGCCCCGAAGAACACCGGCGACGGUUCAGGGAGACGGCCCUGGCCGGAGAGGACCGACCGUUCGCAUACGCACAGAGACUGCUGGACAUGGCACGUCGGUGGCUGCGGCCAGAAAUCCGGUCAGCAGACGAGGUGGUGGAGCUGGUGGCCCUCGAACGCUUUAUCGAUGGCCUCCCGGCGGAGACGGCGAAUUGGGUGAGGUGCCAUCGGCCGACCGGGUUGGCGGCCGCCGUCACCCUGGCGGAGGACCACCUGGCGCUCUACCCCCGCGGCCAGUCACAGCAGCAGCAGCAGCAGCAGCAGCAGCAGCAAGGACGGGCAGACACGGCUCCGCGCAGGAGAGCCCUUCCUCGUUCCCUUCCUUCCCCCCUUUCUUCCUCCCUUCCCCGUGCCCAAACCUCCGCAUUUUCCCGCAACAACCCUUUUGUUUCUGUUUCCCCAGCCCCAGGCUCAGUGGCGGCGGGAUACGACCCACAGAGAGCUCCUCAGACGCCCGGACCGGGGUGUUGGCGGUGCGGACAACCGGGUCACCUGCGCCGCGAGUGCCCGCUCAUGGAGGUGGGGCAGGUGGUUCGUGUUGUCGGCCCGCCCACCUCCGCUCCCGACCCAGACGGAGCGUACUGUAUUCCGACCGACGCGUCGGACAGAGGGCUGGGGGCUGUUUUGACCCAGCAGGUGGAGGGAGUCGACCGCCCGUGCUGUACAUUAGCCGGAAACUGUCACAACGGGAGGCGAAGUACAGCACGGUGGAGAAAGAGUGCCUCGCCAUUCGGUGGGCGGUCGGAGCCCUCCGUUAUUACCUUCUGGGUCGCCCAUUCACCCUCUGUUCGGACCAUGCCCCCCUCCAAUGGCUCCACCGCAUGA